UGCUACUUACCGCUUGUGUGGCUCUCACACAGGCUGCCGUAGUUCCUGAAGAGAAAGAUAUGGUUCCGGCCUAUUCGUUGACAUUCAUUAGCCCUUCUGAGGCGGAGAAGUUCUUGAAGGAAAACCCAAAUGCCAUCCGAUUGAAUCGUGAAAAUACAACCAAGACCGACGGUGUCAAUCGUGCCCUAGAUGCCUAUCAGCUGAACUGGACUCUGGGAACUCGCAUAACCAAUGAUGCUCUGCGUUAUGAAACCGUUUCGGAACUGAUGUACUUUGGAGCUCCUUCCGAGCCUAAGCUAGAUGUCCAAUAUGCUAAAGAGGGAACGGCAGUGACCAAUGUAGUCAUUGCGGUUGUACAGUCGACUACGGAUGCAUCCUGCUACCUCACUUCGGGAGGUCUUGGAAAAAAUAAUAUUGCUUUCACCAUUAUUGGCUAUGAUACCUGGUUCUGGAAAUGGGAUGUUAAAGUCUAUGCUCUGACACUAUAGGAAAA